AUGGUACCCAAUGAAGCCCACCAGUAUCUGGGGAUUAUUCAAUUACUACAGCAUUUUGGAUGGACUUGGAUUGGGCUCUUUGCUGUAGAUGAUGACAGUGGAGAAUAUUUCUUGCAGAUGAUGGAACAAUUAUUUCACCAGAAUGGUAUCUGCUCAGCCUUCACAAAGAGAAUCCCCAAACAAGCUUCUUGGCAUACAGAAGACCAAAUGAACAAUAUGGUCUCAAAUAUUCACCAGCUCUUAACACAUGGCACAGCCUGUUCAUAUAUUGUCUAUGGUGAAACCAUGAUAAUGGCAUGGUUGAUCCUCAUAAUAGGUUUUUUGCAUGAAGAAAAUAUAUCAUUAAGAAAGGUGUGGAUUAUGACAGCCCAGAUUGAUUUUGCAUUAUCAAGCCUCCAAAGAAAAACAGAUCUGCAAGUGUUCCAAACUGUCGUUUCUUUAACAAUACACUCACAACAGCUACAAAACUUUAAGGAAUUUCUUCAGAUCAUAAAGCCUUGUAAAAUGCAGGAAAAUGCUCUGUUCAAGGAUUUUUGUGAGCAAGUCUUCAACUGUGAGUUUUCAAAGCCUCAGGAGCCAAUGGAAUUGAAUGGAAUAUGUACUGGGGAGGAGAGGCUGGAGAAUCUUCCUGGGCCUCUGUUUGAAUUGUUUGUGUCUGGACACAGCUACAGUAUCUAUAAUGCUGUCUAUGCUGUGGUAAAUGCUCUCUGUUCAAUGAACAUGUCUAGAUCCAAUCAUAAAAUAAUGAUGAAGAGUAGAGGAUAUCAUUAUCAGGAUCUCUGGCCUUGGCAGCUUCACCAAUUUCUUGAUCAUAUUGUGUUUAAUAAUUCUGUUGGAGAAACAAUUUCCUUUAAUUCUAAUAGAGAAAUAAGAGCUGGAUUUGACAUCAUUAAUUUGGUAAUACUCCCAAAUAAUUCACUGCACAGAGUGACAAUUGGAAAGGUGCAAAACAAUGCCCUAACAGAAGAAGAAUUUGUUAUUAAUGAAGCCUUAAUUGUGUGGCACAGAAAUGUUAACCAGACAAAGCCUACAUCAUUUUGCAGUCACUCCUGCAAUCCUGGUUAUCAGAAACAAAAGAAAGAAGGAAAUAAAUUUUGCUGUUAUGAUUGCAUUCCAUGUCCAGAGGGGAUGAUUGCAAGCCAAAACGAUACAGAAAAAUGUUUCAGAUGCCAAGAAGAUCAAUAUCCUAAUAAGGAUCAGGAUCAGUGCAUUCCCAAAAUUACAAGCUUUCUGUCUUACGAUGAUCCAUUAGGAAUAAGUUUAACUUCAGCUGCAGUUUUUUUCACCUUGGUCACAGUCCUUGUGCUAGGAAUUUUUAUCAAGAAAAAAGAUACUCCGAUAGUCAAAGCCAACAAUCUGGAUAUCAGUUACAUUAUUCUGAUUUCUCUCCUGUUUUGCUUUCUGUGUUCUUUGCUUUUUAUUGGACAACCUAUAAAGGUGACCUGUCUUCUCCAGCAAUCUGCUUUUGGUAUCAUUUUCUCAAUAGCCAUUUCUUCUGUACUGGCCAAAACCAUCAUUGUAAUUUUAGCUUUCAUGGUCACCAAGCCAGGAUCCAGAAUGAGGAAAUGGGUGGGGAAAAGACUGACCACUUUUAUUGUUCUUUGCUGUCCCCUGAUACAAGGACUGAUUUGUGUGGUGUGGCUAGGAAGCUCUCCCCCAUUUCCAGACACUGAUACUCAAACAUUAGCCAAAAAUAUCAUAUUAAAAUGUAAUGAAGGGUCCAUCAUUAUGUUCUAUAUUGUCAUGGGCUAUUUGGGCUUCUUGUCCAUUAUAAGUUUAACUGUAGCUUUUGUAGCCAGAAAGUUGCCAGAUUGUUUCAAUGAAGCUAAGUUCAUUACCUUCAGCAUGCUCAUCUUUUGCAGUGUCUGGAUUUCAUUUGUUCCUACUUACUUAAGCACCAAAGGCAAAUAUAUGGUGGCUGUGGAAAUCUUCUCAAUUCUAGCUUCAAGUGCUGGCUUAGUGGGCUGUAUAUUUUUCCCUAAAUGUUACAUUAUUUUAAUGAAGCCUGAAUUGAACACUAGGGGGCAGCUAAUGAAGAAAAUGAAAUGA